GCGGCGGGAGCGGAGCCGGGAGCGGGACCGGGGCUGGGGUUGGAACAGGAGCUGGAACCGGGAUCGGGGCUGGGGCUAGAUCCGGGACCGGGAUCAGGACGGGGACCGAGGCUGGCAUCGGGACUGGAUCCAGGACCAGGGCUGGAACCGGGACCGGAACGGAGACCGCGACUGGGGCUGAGGCUGGGGCUGGAACCGGGACGGGAGCUGCGCUGCGCUGCCCGCGGCUCCGCGGCACCGGUCGGGCAGCAUCGGCACCGGCUGCGUGAAGGACCUUGGGGAGCGAAGCGGCCGGUCCUGCCCUGCCUCUCCUGCCUUUCCUCUCCUCUGCCCACCCUCCUCCCCCCCUUCCCUCGCCGCCAGCUGCGCCCUGAGCCCGGCGCGGCGAUGGGCUGAGGGUGCAGGGCAGCGCGGGGCCCCGGCGGCAACAGGAUGAGGAGGGGCUCGGAGGGCAGCGGGGAGGGCGAGGGGCUCUCCAGCCUGCGGGCUUUCGCCCACAGCUCCUCACUGCACGGCAUCAGCCACGUCUUCGCCUACGGGGCCGUGUCCCUGCGCCGCGUGCUCUGGGGCGGCUUCUUCCUGGGCUCGCUGGGGCUGCUGCUGCUCGUGUGCGCCGAGCGCGUCGCCUACUUCCUCACCUACCCCCACGUCACCAAGCUGGACGAGGUGGCUGCCCGCAACCUCACCUUCCCGGCCAUCACCAUCUGCAACCUCAACGAGUUCCGCUUCUCCAAAAUCACCCGCAACGACAUGUACCACGUGGGCGAGCUGCUGGCGCUGCUCAACGAGCGCUACGAGAUCAGCAACCCGCAGCUGGCUGAGCCCCACGUCCUGGCCGCGCUGCGCGACAAGGCCAACUUCAAGAACUUCAAGGCGAAGCCCUUCAGCAUGGCCGAGUUCUACAACCGCACGGGCCACGACCUGGCUGAAAUGCUGCUGCAGUGCUCCUUCCGUGGCACCGGCUGCACUGCCCGCAACUUCACCGUGAUCUUCACACGCCUGGGGAAGUGCUACACAUUCAACCCGGGGGGGCCGGGGCGCGAGGUGCUGACCACGCUGCAGGGCGGCUCCGGCAACGGCCUCGAGCUCAUGCUCAAUGUGCAGCAGGAGGAGUAUCUGCCCGUCUGGGGGGACACAGAUGAGACCUCGUUUGAGGCGGGGGUGAAGGUGCAGAUCCACAGCCAGGAUGAGCCACCCUUCAUUGACCAGCUGGGCUUUGGCGUUGCCCCUGGCUUCCAGACCUUUGUCUCCUGCCAGCAGCAGCGGCUGGUGUACCUGCCCCCACCGUGGGGGGACUGCAAGGCCACCCCCAUCGAGUCCGACUUCUUCACCAACUACAGCCUGACUGCGUGCCGCCUGGACUGCGAGACGCGCUACCUGGCCGAGAACUGCAACUGCCGCAUGGUGCACAUGCCGGGCAAUGCCAACGUCUGCACCCCGGAGCAGUACAAGGAGUGCGCCGACCCCGCGCUGGACUUCCUGGUGACGAAGGACAGCGAGUACUGUGCAUGCCGCACGCCCUGCGCCAUGGUGCGCUACGGCAAAGAGCUCUCCAUGGUGAAGAUCCCCAGCAAGGCCUCGGCCAAGUACCUGGCCAAGAAGUUCAACAAGACGGAGCAGUACAUUGCGGACAAUGUGCUGGUCCUGGACAUCUUCUUCGAGGCACUGAACUACGAGAUGAUCGAGCAGAAGAAGGCGUACGAGGUGGCCGGGCUGCUGGGUGACAUUGGGGGGCAGAUGGGGCUCUUCAUCGGUGCCAGCCUCCUCACCAUCCUGGAGAUCUUUGAUUACCUGUAUGAGGUGUUCCGGGACAAACUCCUCAGCCUGUACAAGGAGAAGAAGCGGAGCCCCCGGAGCGAUGGCGGCACCCUGAGCGCCUGGCCCCCCCUGCCCGGCCCCACGCCCUGUCUCGGCGUCGCCCCGAACCUGCUACCUCGUCACCCGGCUCUAGGGUCCUCCCCGGGCCCCCCCGCGGAGCCCAGCCCGCUCCCCCGCCGGCCGGGGGGCUGGGGGGACACCCCCGGGCCGCGGGGCGGCCUCCAGGCCCCCCCCGCCCCCUGAGGGGGUGCCGGGGGGCUGGGGGUGAGGGGCCCCCCCGGCCCUGCUCCCACGUCCCUGCAUGCGCUGCCUGUGCCCCCUCGCGCUGGACAUGCAACCCCUCCCGACAGCCCCCCCAAAUAAAGAGGCGCCCCAG